AUGGACUCCUCUCAGCAGCCCCUGGUGGCGGGCUUGCUUACUUCUCUUGUGUCCGCGACGAUCGCUCCCUCGGCCGCAACCCCGUAUCUCGCCUCUUCUUCAUUUCAUGCUCAGUCCGCCCUCCUGACCGCCACUUCCCAGCCAUUUCCUCAUCCCAAUGGUGAGGAGGGCAGCAAAGAGGGUGAGUGGUCGUCCUUGAUCGGUAUCGUGACCGCGUUGAUCGGCAAUGUCUUGAUUUCGCUUGCACUUAACAUCCAACGCUACGCGCACAUUCGAAUCGCACGAGAAUGGGAGCAGGAGAAGCUUAAGAAGGAAGCCGACGGGAGACGGGUCCAUUCCGGGGCGGAUACUACAAAUCCAUAUGGGACUGUUGGCGACGGCUAUAAUGUUACUUCGCGGGGAACGUCGCGCGACCGGCGUCGGCAGAACGGAGACCAAGAAUUUCAGGCUUAUCGCGAUGAAGAAGAUGAGCCACCAAGAGGGAGAAAUGGGGCCUUGGAGUCACGCGAUAGUCAGCGCGAUUCUUUUACAUCCGAUGCCACUGCCCGACCGGAGCUUUAUGGGAACCGCAAAUCGUAUCUUCGGUCUCCCUACUGGUGGGUGGGCAUCAUUCUCAUGUGUCUCGGUGAAACAGGCAACUUCAUGGCAUAUGGCUUCGCGCCGGCAUCUAUUGUUUCUCCUCUGGGAGUUGUUGCGUUAAUAUCCAACUGCAUUAUUGCCCCGUGCUUGCUCAAGGAGAAGUUCAGGCAACGGGACUUCUGGGGCGUGCUGAUAUCGAUUGCCGGCGCUGUUGUUGUUGUACUCAGCGCCAAGUCUUCUGAAGACAAGAUCGGCCCUGAAGAGAUCUGGCGAAUGAUCACUCGCUGGGAAUUUGAGCUAUAUUUCGGCCUCACAAUGGCUUUGAUCAUUGGUCUCAUGUGGGCGAGCUUCCAAUAUGGCCCGCGGUCAAUCCUCAUUGAUGUAGGCCUGGUGGCACUGUUUGGUGGAUACACAGCAUUGUCAACCAAGGGCGUUUCAUCCCUGCUCUCAUUGACACUAUGGCAUGUCAUUACGUUUCCCAUCACCUAUCUACUUGUCUUCAUUCUCGUUUCCAGCGCCUUGAUGCAGAUCCGCUAUAUCAACCGUGCUCUGCAGCGUUUCGAUUCCACUCAAGUAAUUCCAACGCAAUUUGUCCUGUUUACCCUGUCAGUCAUCAUUGGGAGUGCAGUCCUUUACCGUGAUUUCGAGUCUAUGUCAGCCUCCCGCGCAGGCAAGUUUAUUGGGGGAUGUUUUAUGACUUUCCUUGGGGUUUACUUUAUUACCAGCGGUCGGGUUCGCGCUGAUGACGAGUCUACCUUCUCAACUGAAGAUGAAGAGGAGGCCAUCGGCUUGUUAAACGGGGAAAGAUACCGUGACAGGAUCGAUAUGUCUCCUCCCGCUCCGCAGCUACGAGUACCAAAGGUAUUCCACGGAACUCAGUUUGAUGACAAUAUUGACACGCAGUCGCCACCGGGCUCUCUUCUAAGUCGCGGCAUCGAUGGGGUUGAUGAUGAUCAGCUCACUCCCCGAGGCGCUCACUCUGCUGCCCUUUCUUCCCCUGUUGACUCAUUAACCGCUGAGUCGGCUGUUUCCGGUCCAACUCCCGAUCAUGCAUCGCCGCUGCGACCUCCAUCUCACAUGUCAAAUCCGUGGGUAGAAUCUCAUGAUGCGCCUCUUGAGACACCCAAAUCCGACACUGAGCUUUAUCGCCCUUUCACACCUCCGGUACAAAACGAUGCUGAACAGGAAUCAACCGUUCUUCUCCGUUUCCCUCCUGCCCCUGGUCAUGAGGAAAACUUGCCAAACAACCAAAUUGCUACGCCUCGACGAGCAUCUACACCAGCCGCAGCUGGUGAGCCCAAUGUUCUUGACAGAAGUCAAACAACCAUUGAAACACCAUCACGACGCGCAUUGCGCAAUUCCAUAUCUCAUCGUUUCUCCCCGGGCCCUCUCCUUCCUACUCUCUCGGGCGGUUUCAGUGCUGUUGUCGCGGAAUCUUUACGACGGGGCGAAGGUAGUCCUCUCAAAGAACGCCUUAGGCGAAAACAAGGACGCCGCAGACAACUUGAAGGUGCGUUUGAUAACGCAACUGUUCGUUAUCAUGAUGGAGACUUGGGACCUCUUGGCAGGCACGAUGACGGAGAUGGCCCCGAUACUCCCCUCACCAUUGCCACUGCUCGACUCCAAUCGGCAACAAAUCUGGGCACGCCACCUACGGAGGCCCGCCGUUCCACUCCCGCACUAGCCACGGAAAUUUACACCACUCAGACGCACAAGCCAGACGAAGAAGGGACGCGUCUACGCAGCUUCAGCGACUCUUGGAAUGGUGGGCUCGCGUGGCUAGGCGGUGCAUUGAGAAAGAACCUCAAUAGUCAAAAUAUUGAUAGCGGUGCAGUCACGCAAGGAACCGCGACUCCACAGCAUGAGCAAGGCUCUUCUGCCCAGUCCGGCAAUGGCCAGCAUGAUGGCGCUGGUGCCAACUCCCAAUCUCGGGCAUAA